GCCUGCCCGGGGAGGGAAAGGAGUAGUGCAGUGGAGCUCAGACGUCGGUGUUGUGUGUGGGGGGCGAAUACAAAACACAGCUUUCAAUCUGUAAACUCUCAAGCUUUGCACAUCCAAAAGAGCAAGAAAGAUGUCAAAAGGACCAGCAGUGGGCAUAGAUCUGGGCACCACAUAUUCCUGUGUGGGGAUUUUCCAGCAUGGCAAAGUGGAGAUCAUUGCCAAUGACCAAGGAAACAGGACUACGCCCAGUUAUGUGGCCUUCACAGAUUCUGAGAGACUGAUUGGAGAUGCGGCCAAGAACCAGGUGGCCAUGAAUCCUACCAACACUGUAUUUGAUGCCAAGCGUCUGAUUGGUCGUAAGUUUGAUGAUGCUGUGGUGCAGUCCGACAUGAAGCACUGGCCUUUCAAGGUUGUGAAUGAUUCAGGCAAGCCCAAGAUGGAGGUGGAAUACAAGGGUGAGAUGAAGACCUUCUUCCCUGAGGAGGUUUCCUCCAUGGUCCUGACCAAGAUGAAAGAAAUUUCAGAGGCCUACCUUGGCAAGCCAGUGACAAACGCCGUCGUCACAGUACCCGCUUACUUCAACGACUCCCAGCGCCAAGCCACCAAAGAUGCUGGGACCAUUUCUGGACUUAAUGUGCUGCGUAUCAUCAAUGAACCUACUGCUGCAGCCAUCGCCUACGGCUUAGACAAGAAGGUUGGCAGUGAGCGCAAUGUCCUUAUCUUUGACCUUGGUGGAGGUACUUUUGAUGUGUCCAUCCUGACCAUUGAAGAUGGCAUCUUUGAGGUCAAGUCCACUGCCGGGGACACUCAUCUGGGUGGUGAGGACUUUGACAACAGGAUGGUCAACCAUUUCAUUGCUGAGUUCAAGCGCAAGUUCAAGAAAGACAUCACCAACAACAAGCGAGCUGUACGUCGUCUACGCACAGCUUGCGAGCGUGCCAAGCGAACCCUCUCCAGCAGCACCCAAGCCAGCAUUGAGAUUGAUUCACUGUACGAGGGGGCUGACUUCUAUACCUCCAUAACCAGAGCCCGUUUUGAAGAGCUCAACGCAGACUUGUUCCGUGGAACACUAGAGCCUGUGGAGAAGGCCCUUAGGGAUGCCAAGAUGGACAAGACCCAGGUCCAUGACAUUGUGCUGGUGGGUGGCUCCACUCGUAUCCCUAAGAUUCAAAAGCUGCUGCAAGACUUCUUCAAUGGCCGUGACCUCAACAAGAGUAUCAACCCAGAUGAGGCUGUGGCCUACGGUGCUGCUGUACAGGCAGCUAUUUUGGCUGGUGAUAAGUCUGAGAAUGUACAGGACUUACUCCUGCUGGACGUCACACCCCUGUCCCUGGGAAUUGAAACAGCUGGAGGAGUCAUGACCGUCCUUAUCAAGAGAAACACCACUAUCCCUACCAAGCAAACCCAGACCUUUACCACCUACUCAGACAACCAGCCCGGUGUGCUCAUUCAGGUAUAUGAAGGUGAGAGAGCUAUGACCAAGGACAAUAACAUCUUGGGCAAGUUUGAGCUGACUGGUAUUCCACCUGCACCCAGAGGUGUCCCCCAGAUUGAGGUGACCUUUGAUAUUGAUGCCAAUGGCAUUCUCAAUGUGUCUGCAGUGGAUAAGAGCACCGGCAAGGAGAACAAGAUCACUAUCACUAAUGACAAAGGACGCCUGUCCAAGGAAGACAUUGAGCGCAUGGUGCAGGAGGCAGACCAAUACAAGGCUGAGGAUGAGGAACAGAGAGAGAAGGUCACAUCCAAGAACACCCUUGAGUCUCUGGCCUUCAACAUGAAGAGCACUGUAGAGGAUGAAAAGCUCGGUGACAAAAUCAGCCCUGAGGACAAGAAAAUCAUUGUGGACAAGUGCAAUGAGGUCAUUGCCUGGCUGGACAGGAACCAGACGGCAGAGAAGGAUGAAUAUGAUUUCCAGCAGAAGGAGCUAGAGAAGGUGUGCAACCCCAUCAUCACCAAGCUGUACCAAGGUGGCAUGCCUGGUGGCAUGCCCGGGGGAAUGCCAGGCGGCUUCCCAGGUGGAGCUGGAGGUGGCUCCUCCUCUGGCCCAACUAUUGAGGAGGUUGAUUAAACCACUCAGGCAAUACUGUCAUCAUCUCAGAUGCCAACACCGGGCUACAUUUUCAACAAAUGUUGAAUUAAACCAUGGAAUAUUUGCUGAAAAAUGGAAUAAAGGGAUUUAAGAUGUUA